UUCUUGCGCUGGUGCAUUGUGGGGUAGUGGAGGACCCGCGUUGCGGAUGGAGGGGGAGUCGAGCCGUGGGGCUGUCAUGGCGACUAACAUCGAGCAGAUCUUUCGGUCCUUUGUGGUCAGCAAGUUCCGGGAGAUCCAGGAGGAGCAGGAACAACAGCAGCAGCUGGGCGGUGGAAAGGUAGAAGGCCAGCAGAAUGGUGAAACAGUCCCAGCUGAGCAAGCAAACACUUCAGAUGACACAGUUACGGGUGCUGGGAGUCUUCAGAAUGAUCAGAUAGUUCAGAAAAUAGAGGAAGUACUGUCUGGGGCCCUUGAUACAGAGCUACAGUGUAAAUCAGGUGUGGAGGAAGAUUCAGUGAAAAAUAGCUCUUCAUCUACAAAAAGAGGCCCUACUGACGAAGUAGAAGAUGAAAUUCCAAGAAAAAAAUCGAAAAAGAACAAGAAACACAAAAGCAAGAAGAAGAAAAAGAAAAAGAAGAAGAAAAGGAAGAAAGAAAAAAAACAUAAAAAGCAGCCAAAGGAAUCAAAAUUAAGUGCACAGUAUGGAGAGCAUGCAGAUUUACAACCUGCUUCUCACUCAAAGACAGAAAAAUUGGGCUCAAAGUUGAUCACACAGCAUGGAGGGCAUGCAGAUUCAGAUCUUGCUGGUCAAAUGCAGCCAGAAGAAUUGGGCACAAAAUUGAGUGCAGAGUACAUGGGGUAUUCAAUUAAAAGACUCACACCUCAUUUGCUAUCAGAUUCUGAAUCAUCUGUGGAAAAACUUGGGAGUGAAAAAACAAACUUGGCCUUGACUGAUAUACACAGUUCAGAAACCAGCAAAUUGGAUACCCAGGAAGAAAAUACUAGUACAAUGAAAAUUCAAGAGCAAGCUAAAGUAAAAUUAUUGGUGAAUAAGACUCAUGAAAGUAUAUAUCAUAUAGCUAUUAAUAUGAAUGCAAAGGGUGGACCUUUACCAGUUAAAGACACUGAAAAUGGUACUGUGUCUACCAACAGAGCUGGAGUUGCUGGUAAAUCUGAAAUUGAAAAGGAUUUGGAAGCUAUUCCAGCCUCUGAGAUAACAGAAGAACUAAAAGAUUCAGAAGCUACUUCAGAAGCUACUCUGAAAUCGAUGGGCACGGUGGAGGUGAAAGAAUUAGAAACAACCUUAGAAUCUGAGGCCAUGGCAAAGAUUAAAUUUUCAGAAGCAAUUCUACAAUCUCUGACUAUGGCGACUUCAGAGGGUUUGGAUGCCCCUCUAGAAUCUGUGGCCAUAGCAGAGGUGAAAGCAACUCUAGAAUCUGUGGCUGUGACAAAUGAUUUGGUAGAAACUCCAACAUCUGUAGUUGUAAUGGAGACGAAAGCUUUGGAAGGAACCGCAGAAUCUGUUGUCAUGACAGAUAUGAAAGGUUUGGAAGCCACUCUAGAAACUGUGGGUGUGUCAGAGGCAAAAGGUUUGGAAGGAGGGCUUGAAUUUGUGACUGUGCCAGAUGAUUUGGUAGCAACUUCAAAAUCUGUGGCCAAGGCAGAGGUGAAUGGUUUGGAAGCAAUACCAAAAUCUGCAUCUGUGGGGGAGGUGAAAGGUUCAGAACCUGUUGUGAAUGCAAAAGAUUUGGAAGCAGCUCUAAAACCUGCAAUGGAGAGGAAAGAUUUGGAAAUAACUCCAGAAUCUCUACACAUGGAGGAGGUGAAAGGUGCAGAAGGAGCCCUAGAGUCUGUGGCUAUGGCAAUAGAUUUGGAAGGAACCCUCAAACCUGCUCCUCUGGCAGAGGCAAAAGAUUCAGAUGCACCAUCACUAUCUCUGCAAAUAGAAGAUAUGAAAGAGUCAAAAGGAUUCCUAGAAUCUGUGGCCAUGGCAAAAGGUCCAGAAACAAUCCUAGACCCUGCAGGGGUGACAGAGGUGAAAGAUUUGCAAGAAAUUCCAGAAUUGCUGCACAUACAGGAUAUGGAAGCUUUGGAAGCAUCCUUAGAACCUGUGGUCAUGACAACAGGUCUGGAAGUGGCUCUAGAACAUGUGGCUGUGGCGAAAGGUGCAACUCCACUUUCUAUGCAAAUGGAAAAAGUGAAAGAUUUGGAAGGAGCCCUACUAGAAUCUGUGGCAGUGGCAAAAGGUUCAGAAGCAGCCCUAGAACAUGUUGUCUUGGCAGACAAUAAAGGUGUGGAACCAACUUCACUAUCUCUGCAAAUGGAAGAUGUGAAAGAUUCGGAAGGAGCUCUAGAAUCUGUUGCCAUGGAAGAAGGCUCAGAAGCAACCCAAGAACCAGUGACAGAGGCAAAAGACUUGGAAGCAAUCUUAGAAUCUGUCUCGGAGGUGAAAGGUUCAGAACCAGCACCGCUGUCUCUGCAGAUGGAAGAUGUGAAAGGUUCAGAAGGAGGUGUAAAAUCUUUGGCCAUGGCAAAAGGGUCAAAACCAACCCUAAAAGCUGUGGCUGUGGGGGAGGGAAGAGGCUCAGAAGCAACUCUGCUGUCUCUGGAAAUGGAGAAUGUGAAAGAUUCAGAAGGAGCCCUAGAAUCUGAGGCCGCGGCAAAAGAUUUAGAGGCAACUCUAGAACCGGUGGCAGAGGUGAAAGAUUCGGAAGCAAUGCUUCGGUCUCUGCAAAUGGAAGAUGUGAAAGAAUUAGAAGGAACCCUAGAAUCUGUCGUGGCGGCAAAAAGUUCGGAAGCAACCCUAGGGCCUGUGGCCAGGGUGGAGGAGAAAAGUGCAGAAACACCUCCACUAUCUCUGCAAAUAGAAGAUGUGACAGAAUCAGAAGGAGUCCUAGAAUCUAUGUCUGUGGUGAAGUUGAAGGCUUUGGAAGCAGCCUUUGAGUCCGUAGUCAUGGUAGAGGUGCAGGAUUUAAAUAAACUUGUACAAGCUGAGUCUGAGGUCACAACUCAGUUUAAAGAUUUGGAAGCAAUUCCCAAAUUUCUGUGCAUGGAGGGAGAUUUGGUAAUAACUCCAGAAUCUGAGACAACAUCAGAAGUGAAAAACAUGGAAAUAGUUGGACAAUCUGAAUCACUUGCAGAAGUGAAAGAUUUGGAAACCACCCCAGAAUCUGAGGCAGUGGCAGAGUCAAAGGAUUCAGAAACAACUACAGAAACUCAGGUGCUGAUGGAAGUGAAAGAUUUGAAAACAAUUCCACAAUCCCAAGUCAUGACAGAAGUAAGUGACUUGAAAAUAUCUCCACAUACUGAGGUGGAGGUGAUGAAAGGUUUUGAAACAGCUACGAAGUCUGAUGCCACUAUAAUAGAGAUGGAAGAUUCUGAAUCAACUCUGGAAUCUAGGGCAGUAGUGGAAGUGAAAGAUCCGGAAGCCACACCGGCAAUGACUGGCAUAAAAUAUUCUAAAAAAUGUCUAGAAUCUGAGGCCAAGGCAGAGUUGAAACAUUCAGAAGCUACCCCAGAAUCUUUACACCUUACAGACUUGAAAGAUUCUGGAAAAACUCUGGGACCUGAGAUGAUGAUGCAAAUUAAAGAUUCAAAAACAAUUAAAAAAUCGGAGCCCAUCACUCUGGUAAAAGAUUCUGAAGCUAGUCGAGAAUUGCUGCAUAUAGUGGUAAAAGAUUUGCAAUCAACUCUAGAACCUGAGACUGUGACAGUGGUGAAAGAUUUGAAGGAAACUCUAGAGUGUGAGAUGGUGGUGGUGAAAGAUUUGGAAACAACCCUAAAAUCUGAAGUAGUCAUGGAUGUAAAGCAUUCUAAGGCUGCUCCAGAAUCUUUGUAUAAAGCAAAGGUAAAGGAUUCAGAAGCAGUUCCAGAAUCUCUCUGCUCAUCGAAGGUGAAAGUUGCAGAACUAGCUUUAGAAUUGGAGGCGGCAGCAAAAGUGAAAGAUUUGAAAGAAACCCUAGAAUCUAAGGUCAUGGUAGAUGUGAAAGAUUUGGAAGCUGCUUCAGAAUCUGUGGUCAGGAUGAAGGUAAAAGAUUUGGAAGAAAUUCCAGAACAUUGGCAGCCAGUGGAUGUGAAAAUUUUGGAAGCAUCUCUGGAAUCUGAGGAAACAGUAGAAGUAAAAUAUUCAGGAGCAACUCCAGAAGCGCAGGUGUUGACAGAGACGAAAGAUUUGGAAGAAACUCUGGAAACUCUGUACACUGCAGAGGUGGAGGAGUUGGAAAAAAUUACAGAAUCUAUGCCAAUGGUAGAGGUGAAAGAAUCUGAGGCUGUGACGGAUCUGAAAUUCUCAGCAACAACUCUAAAAUCUGAUAAAACAGUGGAGGUGAAAAUUUUGGAAGAUACACCAGAAUCUUUGACAGUGGAAAAGAUACAAAAUUCAAAAGCAUAUCUAGAAUCUCUGCACACUGAGGAAAUGAAAGAUUUGGAAGCAGAUCUAGAAGCUGAGGCUGCAACAGAUCUGAAGGAUUUGGAAGAAACUUCGGGCACUGUGCAGGUGAAAUAUUCAGAAGCAGUUUUGAAAUCUGUGGGCAUAGCAGAGAGAAAACAUUUGGAAACAACAGUAGAAAGUCCUAAUGCAGUGCUAGAUUUGGAAACCGUUUUAGAAUCUCAGCACAUUGUGGAUCUGAAAUUUCUGGAAACUCCUGAGAUUCCUGAGUUAACAGUGGAGGUGAAAGAUUCUGAAGCAGCUCUAGAAUCUGAGGCUAUUACAGAGGUAAAUGACUUGCGACCUAUUCCAGAGUCUGUGGCCACGGUGGAGGUGAAAGAUUUGAAAGCAGUUCCAGAUUCUCUUCACACAGUAAACAUGAAUAACUUGGAAGCAACUCCAGAAUUGGCGGCAGCUGCAAAGGUGAAAGACUUGGAAGCAGCUCCAGAAUCUGUGGUGGCAAUAGCAGAGGUGAAGGAUUUACAAGCAGCUCCAGAAUCGGCAGCAGUGGCGAAAGAUUUGGAAGCAGCUCCAGAAUAUGUGGUGAUGCUGGCAGAGGUGAAAGAUUCAGAAGUAGUUCCAGAUUCUCUGCAUACCAUAGAUGUGAAAGAUUCUAAAACAAUUCCAGAAUCUGUGGUAGUGGUUUCAGAGGCGAAGGAUUCAGAAGCCGCUCCAGAAUCUGUGGCGGCAGUGGCAGAGUUGAAAUACUCAGAAACAAGUCCAGAAUCUGUGGUGGUGACUGCAGAAAUGAAAGAUUUAGAAGCAGCUCUGAAAUCUGUGGUGGUGGCAGAGGUGAAGGAUUUGAGAGCAGCUCCAGAAUCUUUGGCUGCAGAGGUGACAGAUUUGGAACCAGCGCCAGAUAUUCUGCGUCCUGUAGAUGUGAAAGAUUCUGGAUCAACUACAGAAUCUGUGAUAGCGGCUGAAGAGGUGACAGAAUUGGAAGCAGCUCCAGAUUUUCUGCACACUGAAGAUGUGAAAGAUUCUGAAAGAACUCCACAAUCUGUGGUAGUGGCUGCAGAGGUGAAAGAUUCAGAAGCUGCUCCAGAAUCUGUUGUGACAGUGGCAGAGUUGAAAUAUUCAGAAACAAGUCCGGAAUCUGUGGUGGCUACUGUAGAAAUGAAAGAUUUAGAAGCCGUUCUGGAAUCUGUGGCAGAGGUGAAGGAUUUGCAGGCUGCUUCAGAUGCUGUGGUGGCGGUGACAGAGGUGAAAGAUUUGAAAGCAUCUCCAGAAUCUUUGGCAGCGGUGGCAGCAGAAGUGACAGAUUUGGAAGCAGCUCCGGAUUUUCUGUGUACUGUAGAUGUGAAAGAUUCUGGAACAACUGCAGAAUCUGUGAUAGCAGCUGAAGAGGUGACAGAUUUGGAAGCAGCUCCAGAUUUUCUGCACACUGAAGAUGUGAAAGAUUCUGAAAGAACUCCACAAUCUGUGGUAGUGGCUGCAGAGGUGAAAGAUUCAGAAGCUGCUCCAGAAUCUGUUGUGACAGUGGCAGAGUUGAAAUAUUCAGAAACAAGUCCGGAAUCUGUGGUGGCUACUGCAGAAAUGAAAGAUUUAGAAGCCGUUCUGGAAUCUGUGGCAAUGGCAGAGGUGAAGGAUUUGCAGGCUGCUACAGAUGCUGUAGUGGUGGUGGCAGAGGUGAAAGAUUUGAAAGCUGUUCCAGUUUCUCUGGUGGCGGUGGCAGACGUAGAAGAGUCAGAAGGCACUCCAAAAUCUGUGGGGGUGGCUGCAGAGAUGAAAGAUUUGGAAGCAGCUCCAGAAUCUGUGGUGACCAUGGCAGAGGUGAAAAAUUUGGAAGCACCUCCAGAUUCUUGGUAUACAGUGUACGUUAAAGAUCCAGAAACAACUCAAGAAUCUGUGGCAGUGACAGCAGAGGUGAAGGAUUCAGAAGCAACUCCAGCAUUUGGGGCGAUGGCGGCAGAGGCAAAAGAUUCAGAAGCAGCUUCAGAAUCUGUGGCAGUAGCGGCAGAGGUGAAGGAUUUGCAAGCUGCUCCAGAUUCUCUGGUGGCAGUGGCAGAGGUAGAAGAUUCAGAAGCAGCUAGUGUUUCUCUGCAUACUUUAGGUGUGAAUGAUUCAGAAGCAGCUCCAGAAUCUGUGGUGGCUAUGGCAGAGGUGAAAAAUUUGGAAGCAUCUCCAGAUUCUCUGUAUACACUGUAUGUUAAAGAUUCAGAAACUACUCAAGAAUCUGUGACAGUGACAGCAGAGGUGAAUGAUUCGGAAGCAACUCCAGCAUUUGGGCCAGUGGCGGAAGAGGUGAAAGAUUUGGGAGUGGCUCCAGAAUCUGUGGCUGAAGUGAAAGAUUUGGGAGGGCCUCCAGUAUCGGUGGUGGCUGUGGCAGCGGUGGAAGUUUCGGGAGUGGCUCCGGAAUUGGUGGUGGUUGUGGCAGAGGCAAAAGAUUCCGAAGCGGCUCCAGGAUCUGUGGCAAAAGUGAAGAAUGAUGAUCUUUUUAAAAAAAAGAAAGCACAUGAAAAAAGUAACAAGAAUAGUGAUAAACAUAAACAAGAUGCAAAGAAAUUAAAAAGGAGUAAAUCUAAAUCUCUUUCACGAUCCAGGAAGCGGAAAAAAAAGUCUAGGUCACGUUCUGUCUCUAAACAUUUGAAAUAUAAAAGAGCAAGGUCUAGGAGCAGAAACUACUCAGAUUCCAGAAAGAACCAUUCCACAUCUUAUGACAAGUCUAGAUCCAGAUCUGUGGAAAAAAGAGGGGGCAAAGACUCUUCCUGGAGGUCCAGACGCAGGCGCUCCAGGUCCUCUGAUGGUCUCAAGUCAAGAUCCAGAUCCAUUGAUAAAAGGGAAGGCAAAGACUCUUCCUGGAGGUCCAGACGCAGGCGCUCCAGGUCCUCUGAUCGUCUCAAGUCUAAAUCCAGAUCUGUUGAAAAAAGAGAGGGCAAAGAUUCUUCACGGAGGUCUAGACGCAGACGCUCCAGGUCCUCUGAUCGCCUCAAGUCUAGAUCCCGAUCUGUUGAAAAAAGAGAGCGCAAAGAUUCUUCACGGAGGUCUAGACGCAGACGCUCCAAGUCCUUGGAUCGUCUCAAGUCUAGAUCCAGAUCUGUUGAGAGAAAAGGGCGCAAAGACUCUUCCUGGAGGUCCAGACGCAGACGCUCCAAGUCCUCUGAUCGUCUCAAGUCUAGAUCCAGAUCUGUUGAAAAAAGAGAGCGCAAAGAGUCUUCACGGAGGUCUAGGCGCAGACGCUCCAAAUCCUCUGAUCGUUUCAAGUCCAGAUCCAGAUCUUUUGAAAAAAGAGGUGGCAAAGAAUCUUCCUGGUGGUCCAGACGCAGACGCUCCAAGUCCUCUGAUCGUUUCAAGUCCAGAUCCAGAUCCAGAUCGGUUGAAAAAAGAGGUGGCAAAGAAUCUUCCUGGUGGUCCAGACGCAGACGCUCCAAGUCCUCUGAUCGUCUCAAAUCAAAAUCCAGAUCCAGAUCUGUUGAAAAAAGAGGUGGCAAAGAAUCUUCCUGGAGGUCUAGACGCAGACGCUCCAAGUCCUCUGAUCGUCUCAAAUCAAAAUCCAGAUCCAGAUCUGUUGAAAAAAGAGGUGGCAAAGAAUCUUCCUGGAGGUCCAGAUGCAGACGCUCGAAAUCCUCUGAUCGUCUCAAGUCAAGAUCGAGAUCUGUUGAAAAAAGAGGGGGCAGGGACUCUUCAUGGCGGUCUAAACGUAGACGUUCCAAGUCCUCGGAUCGUCUCAAAUCUAGAUCCAAAUCUGUUGAAAAAAGAGGGGGCAGAGACUCUUCACGGAGGUCUAAACGUAGACGCUCCAAAUCCACCGAUCAUCGCAAAUCUAGAUCCAAAUCUGUUGAAAAAAUAGGUAGUAAAGAGUCUUCACGGAAGUCGAAACGUAGACGUUCCAAGUCCUCUGAUCGUCUCAAAUCUAGAUCCAAAUCUAUUGAAAAACUAGGAAGCAAAGAGUCUUCACGGAGGUCCAGACGCAGAUGCUCGAAAUCCUUUGAUGGUCUAAAGUCUAGAUCUAGAUCCAAAUCUGUUGGAAAAAGAGAGAGCAAGGAGUCUUCACAGAGAUCUAGAAGUAAACACUCCAAGUCUUUUGAACAUCACAAAUCUAGAUCCAAAUCUGUUGAAAGAAUAGAGGUACAGGAACCUUCACGGAGGUCUCGAAGUAGCCGCUCCAAGUCUUCUGAGCCUCACAAGUCCAGAUCCAAAUCUGUUGAAGAAAUAGAGGCUCAGGAACCUUCACAAAGAUCUCGAAGUAGCCGCUCCAAGUCUUCUGAAUGUAACAAAUCUAGAUCCAAAUCUGUUGAAAGAAUAGAGGUACAGGAACCUUUACGGAGGUCUCGAAGUAGCCGCUCCAAGUCUUCUGAAUGUAACAAGUCCAGAUCCAAAUCUGUUGAAGAAAUAGAGGCUCAGGAGCCUCCACUGAGGUCUCGAAGUAGCCACUCCAAGUCUUCUGAAUGUCAUAUGUAUAGAUCCAAAUCUGUUGACGAAAUAGUGGCUCAGGAGCCUUCACAGAGGUUUCGAAGUAGCCGCUCCAAGUCCUUGGAACAUCAACAAUCUAGAUCCAAAUCUGUUGAAGAAAUAGAGGGCAAAGAAUUGUCACAGAGGUCUCAAAGUAGCCGCUCCAAGUUUUCUGAAUGUCACGAAUCCAGAUCAAAAUCUGUUGAAGAAAUAGAAGUGCAGGAGCCUUUACAGAGGUCUCGAAGUAGCCCCUCCAAAUCUUCUGAACAUCUCCAGUCCAGAUCCAAAUCUGAUGAAGAAAUAGAGGUGCAGGAGAUUUCACAGAGGACUAAAAGCAGCCGCUCUGAGUCUUUGGAACGUCAAAUGUCUAGAUCCAAAUCUGUUGAAAAAGUUGAAUGCAAAGAUUCUUCACAGAGGUCUCGAAGUAGCCGCUCCAAGUCUUCUGAACGUGUCACGUCUAAAUCCAAAUCUGUUGAAGAAAUAGAAGCUCAGGAGCCUGCAGAGAGGUCUCAAAGCAGCCGCUCCGAAUCUUUGGAACGUCAAAUGUCUAGAUCCAAAUCUGUUGAAAAAGCAGAAUGCAAAGAUUCUUCACAGAGGUCUCGAAGUAGCCGCUCCAAAUCUUCUGAACGUCACACAUCCAGAUCCAACUCUGUUGAAGAAAUAGAGGUUGCGGAGCCUUCACCGAGGUCUCGAAGGAGCCGCUCCAAGUCUUCUGAACGUGUCAAGUCCAGAUCCAAAUCUGUUGAAGAAAUAGAGGUUCAGGAGCUUUCACAGAGGUCUCGAAGUAGCCGCUCCAAAUCUUCUGAACGUGUCGCAUCUAAAUCCAAAUCUGUUGAAGAAAUAGAAGCUCAGGAGCUUUCACAGAGGUCUCGAAGUAGCUGCUCCAAGUCUUCUGAACAUCACAAGUCCAGAUCCAACUCUGUUGAAGAAAUAGAGGUUCAGGACCCUUUACAGAGAUCUCGAAGUAGCCGCUCCAAAUCUUCUGAACAUCGCAUGUCUAGAUCCACAUCUGUUGAAGAAAUAGAGGUUGAGGAGCCUUCACAGAGGUCUCGAAGCAGCCGCCCGGAGUCCUUGGAACGUCAAAAGUCUAGAUCCAAAUCUGUUGAAAAAAUAGAGGGCAAAGAUUCUUCACCGCGGUCUCGAAGUAGCCGCUCCAAGUCUUCUGAACGUGACAGGUCCAGAUCCAAAUCUGAUGAAGAAAUGGAGGUUCAGGAGCUUUCACUUAGGUCUCGAAGUAGCCGCUCCAAGUCUUCUGAACGUGUCACGUCUAAAUCCAAAUCUGUUGAAGAAAUAGAAGCUCAGGAGCCUGUAGAGAGGUCUCAAAGCAGCUGCUCUGAGUCUUUGGAACGUCAAAUGUCUAGAUCCAAAUCUGUUGAAAAAAUAGAGGGCAAAGAUUCUUCACCGUGGUCUCGAAGUAGCCGCUCCAAGUCUUCUGAACGUGACAGGUCCAGAUCCAAAUCUGAUGAAGAAAUGGAGGUUCAGGAGCUUUCACUUAGGUCUCGAAGUAGCCGCUCCAAGUCUUCUGAACGUGUCACAUCUAAAUCCAAAUCUGUUGAAGAAAUAGAAGCUCAGGAGUCUGCAGAGAGGUCUCAAAGGAGCCGCUCUGAGUCUUUGGAACGUCAAAUGUCUAGAUCCAAAUCUGUUGAAAAAGUAGAAUGCAAAGAUUCUUCACAGAGGUCUCGAAGUAGCCGCUCCAAGUCUUCUGAACGUGACAAGUCCAGAUCCAAAUCUGAUGAAGAAAUGGAGGUUCAGGAGCUUUCACAGAGGUCUCGAAGUAGCCGCUCCAAAUCUUCUGAACAUCGCAUGUCUAGAUCCGCAUCUGUUGAAGAAAUAGAGGUUCAGCAACUUUCACAGAGGUCUCGAAGCAGCCGCCCGGAGUCCUUGGAACGUCAAAAGUCUAGAUCCAAAUCUGUUGAAAAAAUAGAGGGCAAAGAUUCUUCACCGAGGUCUCGAAGUAGCCGCUCCAAGUCUUCUGACAGUCACAAGUCCAGAUCCAAAUCUGUUGAAGAAAUAGAGGUUGCGGAGCCUUCACAGAGGUCUCGAAGUAGCCGCUCCAAGUCUUCUGAACGUGUCAAGUCCAGAUCCAAAUCUGUUGAAGAAAUAGAGGUUGCGGAGCCUUCACAGAGGUCUCGAAGUAGCCGCUCCAAGUCUUCUGAACGUCACAAGUCCAGAUCCAACUCUGUUGAAGAAAUAGAGGUUCAGGAGCCUUUACAGAGGUCUCGAAGUAGCCGCUCCAAGUCUCCUGAACUUCAAAAGUCCAGAUCCAAAUCUGUUGAAAAAAUAAAGGGCAAAGAUUCUUCGCAGAGGUCUCGGAGUAGCCGCUCCAAAUCUCCUGAACUUCAGAAGUCUAGAUCCAAAUCUGUUGAAAAAAUAAAAGGCAAAGAUUCUUCAAAGAGGUCUCGGAGUAGCCGCUCCAAGUCUCCUGAACUUCAAAAGUCUAGAUCGAAAUCUGUUGAAAAAACAAAGGGCAAAGCGUCUUCACAAAGGUCUAGAAGAAAACGCUCCAAAUCUUCUGAACGUCACAAGUCUAGAUCCAAAUCAGUUGAAAAAGUAGAGGGCAAAGAGUCUUCACAGAGGUCUAGAAGUAAGCGUUCUAAAUCCUCUAAGCGCAAACCACAAAAACAUGAUAGCGAAUCGCGGUCUAGACGAAAUCGGUCUCGGUCAGUAACACGUAAAAGACUGUCAAAAUCUAAAUCUAAUCAUCGAUCUCGGACACGCUCUCUAUCACGUUCAAGACACAGAAGGAGGACUCGGUCAAGAUCAGUGUCGAAAAGGAGACGGUCUUUAUCAAGAGAGAGACACAAAAGAUCUCAAAGGAAUAGAUCAAGGUCUGCUGAUAGAAGAAGAAGAAGAUCAAACUCAAGGGAUCACCGAAUAGUGCUCAGGUUACGGACCAGAAGUCGAACACCUAUUCGACGAAAACGGUCUAGGUCAGUGGGAAGAAGACGAAGCUCUAGCAAAUCACCAGUUCGACUAAGACGAUCAAGAUCACCUGGGAGAAGAAGAUGCUAUAGCAGAUCACCUGACCGUCAGAGAAGGUCCAGAUCAUCCGAUAAGUUUUCAAGCAGAUCACCUAAACGUCUUACAGACUUAGACAAGGCCCAGCUACUUGAAAUAGCCAAAGCUAAUGCAGCUGCCAUGUGUGCUAAGGCUGGUGUCCCCUUACCACCAAGCCUACUGCCUAUUAUAGCUCCAGCAAAGAAGGAGGAGAAAGUUACUCAGAAGUCAGCAAGAGAUACAAUAAAGGAGCUCACUGAGAAAUGCAAGAAGAUUGCUCAAAGCACAGAUGACGUGAUCGUGAACAAGCCUCAUGAUUCUGAUGAAGAGGAGGAAGAACGCCCUUUCUACAAUCAUCCUUUUAAACUCAAUGAACCUAAACCCAUUUUUUUCAACUUAAAUACCACUCCUAUCGUAAAACCAGCACCAAAAAAUCAGGUAACUUUGACAAAGGAGUUCCCUGUCUCAUCUGGGUCUCAACACAGGAAAAAGGAAGCUGACAGUGUCUAUGGAGAAUGGGUUCCAGUUGAGAAAAACAAAGAAGAAAGCAAAGAUGAUGUUUUCCCCAAACCAGCUCUUGCACAGACUGUGGACAUCUCUACAGCAAUGAAUGAACGAACAAUGGCUCAGAAGAGGCUUACAGAAAAUACAUUUGACUUAGAGGCCAUGUGCUUGUUAAAUCGUGCACAGGAACAGAUUGAUGCUUGGGCGCAGUCAAACUCUCUGCCGGGCCAAUUCACAGGAAGUACUGGAGCACAGAUUUUGUCCUCAGAUGAGUUGUCCAACAGUGGCCCCCAAGCAUGGAUUAGAAAGAGAGAGACUUCAAAAUGAAAACCACUCAGCAGAGAGGCUUAUCAGUGAGGAGAAAAGGAGAACUUUUCCGGUAAAAGGCUUGUGAAAGAGGCCAGUAAACCUUCCUAAGGCUCUCUGGGGUUCUCUCUUCCUGCAUACCUCAGGAGAUUCCCAAAACAAGGCAGGAGAAUGACCCUUUGAUCUCCUCUUUCCCAAGCCCUGCCUCUCCCCCCCCCCCCCCCCCCCCCCCCUGUUUUCAUCCAUCUCUCCUUCUUUGACAUUCUUUGAUGGUCUUCUGUGGCUUGCAGUUGCAGGACUGUCCUUUAACAAAAUACAUGGAGUGGAGAAGGCAGGUGUGUUUUCCCUCUGCCUUUUUCUCCUGCACUACCGAGCUGCUUCUGAGCAUGUCAUCCCUCUCAAAAGAUAUUCAUGUCUCUGUGGGGAGAAACGUGUAGAGAACUGACCUCUGACUUGAGAACGCGGGUGUUACCAGAAACAGAAAGCUCCAGAUGGGGAUGAUGUGGUCAGCAGCGAAUGUAGGAGGAGUAGGCAGGGAGAAGCACUAGCACCUCUAUGCUUUCUCUAACCAAUAGACAUCCUGUGGUUUGCAGCAGCAGAACUCUUCUCUGGCAGACCAUAGGAGAAUCCAUUGGGUGGAGAAGUCAGGGAGGUACUCGUGCUUCCCCCACACUUUCUUCUGCAUAGUUGAGCUGUUUCUCAGAUUGACCUCUUUGCUUCUUUCAGCUUCCCCAUUCCACCAAAAUUCUGGGGUUAACAGGUGACCACAAUCACAAACCCAAUCUAAAGGGCUUUACGGACCCAUACAAGUCUCUUAAAGCUUGCAGGAAUUGUGGGACUAUUGACAAGUCUCACAAAGCUUACUUAGAGGGUUGAUGAACUUUACAAGGUGGACCUCAGCUCUGUGGAUGAGAUGGGAAAAUCUCACACAAAAGGCAAAGCAGGCACAGUGUUUCGAGUGCAUAUUAUCUUUCAGGAAUGGUAGUUUUAAAAAAAUGAACGAACUAGUAAAUGCAGAGUUCAGGUUGCAUUUCUCAGGCAAGGCACCUGAACUACCUUAAUUCUGCUUUUGUAGUGAUGCCCUGAGAAAUUAAACUCAUACUCCGUUAUCCAUCAUACCAAAAUGUUAAAUUUCUGUUGGUAACCACAAAAAGUAGAAUGUCUUAUUCAUAGCUAUGUAGUGGUACUGCUGCUUUAUGGCUGUCCUUACAGUCAUACACAGUAGGCACAAAGAAAUGUUAGACAUUUCUGUUACAAAUAGCAUACUGAAAGCAAUCAUGCCUGUCUUUACUAAGGGCCCUGCCCUGCAAGGAGCUGGAGGCAUGCAGCACUUUGCAGAAUCAAAAGUGUCAGUAGAGACAGAGUUAGUGUGUCUCCAUAUGCAGACAUCGCACUUAGUAUGACAGGUAUGUAUGAAACAGAUUAUAAAACCAAUGUGUGGUGUACAUUUUUGAUCCUCUAAAUGCAAAAAUGAUAAUAGGCAUAUCUAUGAGGCGAGCUAAGUUAGUUGGGGUUGCUUGUUUGAGAAAUGCAAUCUUAACUCUCCAUUUCCUGGGUUUCUAAGAUUUGGGUUUCCAAAAAUUUAAUUAGUAUUUUUGGAAGGUAAUAUGUAGUGAAACCGCUAUGUACCUGCAACUUUAACUUCACCUUAAUAAAAUUUUGUGUGGCAUGUAAGUUUAUUUACUUAAAAUGGUUAAUAUGGCAGAUUGAAUAACUGUGACAUUCCAACUAGCAGUGUUUUUAUUUUCUUUCG